AUGCAAAGUGAGUUCGCCUCCGGGGUCAUCUCUAUUUAUAGGGGGUGGUUGGCAACGGUACUCCUCGAAAAACCAAACGGCACAUUAAUGCGCCGCGCGCCAUCAUUACUUUCGCCACGUGUCGCUCACCCUAUGGGGAAUAGACGGCACGCGAGGCGCGGAAGUCGAAGCGCUCAGACGUCCCUUCGCUCGUCAGAUCGACGCGACCUUCUGACUUCACCAACGUCAGCCUCUGAGCUGGUCAUGCCGGAAGGGACAAAGUUUGGCCCCUUCCCCAGGUGGGGUUACCGAACGAUCGCACACCCUACCGAGGACAUCAAAUACCGAAGAGACUUAAUCACUAAGUUGCGCGGGAAAGUGCCGAACCAUUUUUCUGCGUCAACAUGUUUGUUGUGGACGGCCGUGCCAGCACGGUCUACCAUGCAUCGAGAUGGUGAUGAGGUUUGGGUAGAAGAUGGUUCACGGCCUGAGCUACAAGGCCGUUUAGUGGUGGUGUUGGUGGCGGGUUUUAGGCGGUGCUCUAGCACGUUGCUCAGAGAGCGAUGGUCGGGGAGUCCUGGAGGGACAAUCAAGGCUGAAAAGAUCUGCGUGGUGGAGCCUGAUCGGGGCAAAUGGGUAGUCAAAUCGGCAUUUGGGAUCGUGAAGCAUGGUGGUGUGACCCCUAUAAAUCCCGGUAAAUCUCGGCCACCGCCCUGA